ACUAUCAGAAAAUAGACACUUUAAUGAAGUAAUGGAUAUUUCUUUUUAAAACCCUUGUAAGAGGAAACUUGUUCAUUUCUACAGUGUUCUUUUACAUGAAUAAUGAAUACACGAUAAUAGGAACUAAUGACCUUUUGUAUGUGAUAAUUUACGCAGCGGACAAGAAUGUGCAACAGUGUGGAUGCAGAAACAUGGCUGUAAAUGAAUGGGCAGAUAAGACGCGGAUUUAUCGUAAUUGAUUGAACUUUUCAAAUUACAAAUGCCUCUCCAAUGUAACUUGAAUAAUAUACGUAUACAGGCGACAAGAAAAGGAAUUAUUUUCUGUACACUGUUAAUGUUUUAGGAAAAAAGCAAGCGAAAGUUUCGACUAUGUGACGAUUUUGACUGAGCUGUGACACUUCUGUGUUCUGUUUACAGCGUAACUUUUUUGUUGCAUUCACUUGUAAUACAAUAAAAAGGCGUAAUAUUUCAGUAGCCCUGCCUAGGCAGAAUGUAUUAUUUUAUUAAUUGCUGCUGUUCCGUUAAUAUGCUACUUGCUGUCGUAAAUACCCUUCUGGUCAUUGUGACGCCUGUUUUGGCCGCUCAGACCCGACCCUACCCGCAAUGUAAGGGUCCGGACUUCCGGUUCGACGGGUACACAUACACGCUUGCACCUGGAACGAGCGAGAGGAUAUGGUCCCAUUGCAGCUUUCCAAACCCCCGGGCCGACCACGCCCGUUGUGGAAGGACGGAAAUAGACGGACAGUACUUCCUGUGUGAUCCAGACCGCCUCAUAUGGAACCAGACCAUUGCGAGCCAGUUGGAGGAUAAGUUGACGGAGAUCCGGAACCGGACGUCGACUAUGUGCCGGGACUCCGCUGGGGUGCGGGAGACGUUCAGGGUUGCCGUGGCCCUCGUGCACCGGAUGUACAUCCCUGAACUGAACAGCCCACAGCUCUGCACAAACGAGUGCGGUCGUCUUCAACCGGCGUUAAAUGUGAGCAGCAGACAGCAAUCCCAGGAGGAAAUAGACGAGACUUUACGAGUGUUUGCAGAUGGGCUGAGGGCUCUCUGGAAGAUAGGCACGUGUGGAAAUGACGUUAUCGUCGUAUACUGCCAACAAUUUGAUCAGGUGUACGUAUCAGCCGGAAGCGCUGCCUCAAGUUUCCUUCCACCAGAGCGCGUUGCGGACCUACAAGACAAGUUCCGGUCCUUUCUAAUAGAGUUUGGUCAUGAGCAAGGUCUGGAGGAGGGCCUCUCCUACAUGCUGGGUUCGCUCAAGGUCACCCUCCAAGGCCUAACACCUGCACAUAUCAUGCUCAUCACCAACAUGGCGCUGCUGGGUAUCCUGGGCGUUCUCAUGCUAUAUUAUGUCCUAGGGAAGAAGUUCAAGGUGGAUGUGUGGGGGAACAACUGGCGAUGGCCGCUGGGGUCGGGGCUUGUCCGGUGGACAAGUUCACCAUGAUGUUGGUGGUCCGAUUCUCCCACACUGGUCAGGGGAUAGUUGGGGCCCUGCUCUAGUCUAUAGCUGAACUCGUCCUGUUUGUGGAGCUCUCCUUUAUCAGUGUACAGAUCUAUAACAAAUAAUUGAUGCUUUGUGGUGCUAAAGAUACCACAUGUUCUUGGAAAAGGCACAUUCACUUUUAAUACAUGUGUACAUUUAAGUUAUAGGAAAUAUCAUAACAUUUAAAAAGAAAUACUAACUUCCCCUAUAAACAUAUCUGUAUAUUUCAAAUGGUUAUUUACUGGCCCUGAAAGAACAUUUUUUUUUAAAUGUACAUGUGGUCAGCCUGGGAUAUGAUGAAGGUAGUGGAACAUUUAUUCGGUUUACAUUUGAUUUUUCUCUUUCUUAUACUUUUUAUGAAUCAGCCUUUGUUAGUGUGAUCUCACUGUGUACAUGUAUCAUUGAUGCUGGGCAUACAAUUCUUCAUUUGAAGCAGAUCAUUUUCUUUAUUCUAGUAUUAUUUCUGCAAUCAUGUACUAUAGAAAAAUGAAUAUUAUUUCGAGCUUUGUCUCUUUUCGAAAUUGCAACAAACAUUCAGAUUACAGUCAUAAAGUCCAUCACAGAGUUACAGAUUUUCUAACAUUUCAGCUAGUCACUUUGUGACCUAUCUUGACCAAACAAGACCAAUAUUCUAAUUUGCCAUAGGGUGCUUUGAUUACAGACAUUUUGACCAAGAAAUAAAAGAUUGGUCAGAAAUAUUUGAAGUUUCCAGUAAUAUUUAUAAGGUGUUUUAAAAUUUGACCCAGUGACCUACUUUUUGAACUUACAUGACCUAUAAUUAGCCAUGACCUGAAUUUCAUGAAGAAAAUCAGUCUGACAAAGUAUCAAGAACAUUAAGUUAAAAUGUAAACUAGUGUUAACUACUUGUUUUAUCCUAAUAUUUAACCUUCUGACCUUUUUUAACUGGAUAUCACUGAAUAAUCAAACUUGACCAAAUUUCAUAGAAACAAAUAUUGUGGUGGCUUAGAUUAAUUACGACUAUAUUGAAACCAUGGCUGCUAGAGUAUUAACAAGCAAAAUGUUGGUAUCACAAAAUGGACAAUGGCCAGUGGCAAUAGCCCACAAGUUAGCAUGCCAUUUAACCAUGUCCACUGUUUCCCUCAGUUAGUCAAAUACAUGCACUCAGAAUAAACAAGAUGAACUACUGUGUACAGACAAUUUUAUGUGUUUCUU